GCAGGCGUCCAUCAAAAUCUUGAUGUCAAUGACGUCGAUCAUACGCUGGUUUCACUGUAUCGCCUUGGUGAACGGACAGUAUAGUUACUUAAAACAUGAAAUGGAAUAAAAUGUCGCGGAUUCUUUCCCAACGAGGCGUCACGCAAGCGUAACUUCAUCAGUGGUUCUUCACUGAGAAGUAUCCCGUCCCGGCAGUCGUUUCGUGUGUCGGCUUUUAAUCGCCAAUAUUUCAGGGUGAGGAGCGACAGCCUCCUCCAUUGUCAACCAUUCCUCUUCAGCGGUUUCCGCCGUCCGUCGCUUCACCUUCAACCUGGCCAGAGAAAUGUGCCAGCGCCGCCACUGCUGUUGUUCUCCGCCACCUUCCCGUGUCUGACUUUCUUUCGGGGAAUAUAAAACAAAACAAAAAGCUUGCAGGGCUAAAGAGAGAGAGAGAGAGUGAGAAAGAAAGAAAGAAAGAGAUAGCACUUCUUCACUUGAUUUAACCGCCGCUAAGCAUCAUGGGUAGGAAAAAGAUUCAGAUUCAGCGGAUCACAGACGAAAGAAACAAGCAGGUGACGUUCACCAAGCGCAAGUUCGGCCUGAUGAAGAAGGCGUACGAGCUGAGCGUGCUGUGCGACUGCGAGAUCGCCCUGAUCAUCUUCAACCACGCCAACAAGCUCUUCCAGUACGCCAGCACUGACAUGGACAAGGUGCUGCUCAAGUACACCGAGUACAACGAGCCCCACGAGAGCCGCACCAACGCCGACAUCAUCGAGACUUUACGAAAGAAAGGCUUCAACGGUUGUGACAGUCCGGAGCCCGACGGCGAAGACUCCAUCGAUCAGAGUCCCCUGAAUGACGACAAGUUCCGGAAGACCACCGAGGACCUUGAUGUUCUCUUCAAGCGCUACGGACAGUCGACGGCUCCGCCGCAGACCUUCUCCAUGCCCGUCACCGUGCAAGCGUCCAAUCCCAGCCCGCUGCAGUUCAGCAACCCUGGUAAUGCGCUGGUAACUACCUCCUAUGUGACGGCGGCGGCUCUCGCCGACACCCACCUCCUGUCGCCACAGCAACCGGCUCCUCCGAGGAACACCGUGUCUCCCGGGUUGCCACAGCGACCGGCCAGCGCAGGCGCUCUUCUGGGAGGCGACCUGAAUAAUUCAAAUGGAGGAUGUCCAAGUCCAGUCCCUAACGGCUACACCAGCGCCAGGGCUUCGCCAGGCCUCCUCGCCGUCUCCAACGGCAACAGCCUGGGCAAGGUGGCCCCGGCCAAGUCGCCACCGCUGCCGCCCACCAGCCCCCAGAUGGUUAGCAGCCGCAAGCCUGACCUCCGGGUCAUCACCUCUCAGGGCGGGAAGAGCCUCAUGCAGAUGACAGAGGAUGAGCUGGAUUUGGUAAACGAGAACGCCCAACGGCUGGCAGUUGGUGCCCAGGUGGCCCAGACUCUGACCACGCCUGUGGUGUCUGUGGCCACGCCCAGCCUCCUGGCGCAGGGGCUGCCCUUCUCCGCCAUGCCUACGGCGUACAACACAGAGUACCAGCUGACGAGCGCAGACAUCACCGCGCUUCACGCCCUGGCGUCUCCUGGCGGCUUGCUGCCCACCAGCGUGGCGACGUGGCAGCCGCAGCAGCAGCCCAUCGUCUCGCAGCAACCGCAGCAGCAGCAGAUGCAACAGCAGCAGAUCAAUCUGGCGUCGCUCAGCAACUUGGUCAUGUGGGGUGUGGACAAACAGAGCAGCGAGCUGUCUAGCCAGGUGUCCAGUCUGGCCGCCAAUCUGAGUCUGGGCUCUCCGUCCAACCUGCUCUUGGGUAGAGAUGAGUGGUUGGGCCGGCCCGUGGCGCAUAUACCUCAAGGCGCCAUGUUGACAGUCAACACCAACAGUGGCGUCAGCAUCAAGUCGGAGCCGGUGUCGCCGGGCCGGGACCGCAGCACCCCUUGCCCUCCACCGGCCCCGCCGCCGCUUCAGUCCUCUUGCGCCACCCUGACUGCGCCGCCACAGUAUCCUGGAUCGCUUCUGUGCCUGGAGCCCCCCACGGGACGCUCGCCCGCCGACAGCGUGAGCAGCAACGCCAGCUCCUUCGAAGGCAGCGACCGGGAGGACACAGGCGGCGGCGGUGCUAACAGCACCAACAUGGUCACGGCGGCCGCAGGAAGCGUCGGGCCGGGCCGCUCUGACUUCAGCCCCUCGCCGGAGCAAGAGGGGGGCAACAUCAAGAGAAUGAGACUGGACGCCUGGGUGACAUAAGCGGCGGCCCAGAGUACGCAGGGAGGUUCGGACAACACAAACACAUCACGUCACGUCGUACACGCCACACGUGAGGACGUCGUAUACAAAUGCCUCACCACGCGCUUUCACGCAAGAUUUUAGCCUCAACACCAACACGUGUGUGUACAUUCUCAGUCAUCCAGGCAAAACUUGAAUGGAGGCGACUGGACUGUUGUUGGUUGAUCACGUUUCACCUUUGAUCCAAUGUAGAGCUGACUUUCUGCACUCGUAAGCUAUCAUGUGCAGCGCCAACAAUCCCCCAAAUGAUUGGUUGGUUUAUGGAUCGAGUGAUUGUUGGUUUUUUGAUUAGUCGAUUUAUUAAGUCUCCGACGGGCGUGUCUUCUGGGGAUGGUCACAUGAGGGUUCUUGCCACCAGGUGUGGCUAGUGAAUGACCAUUUUGCAUAACAACUGUUUGUUUACCUAAUGCCUGGAUCAGACUAAAAGAUUUUAGCCCAGUUAUUGGCCCGUUCGCUAUUGUGGCCGACUUUUCAAUUUGAGUCCAAUUUAUUUGGGCGGGAACGACAAAACUCUUUGUAGUGUGACAAUCCCCGCUAUCAUAGCCCUGUGAUGGCAAAAAGGAAAAAUAUUUUUGGGGGGGGAUAUCUUUCGUGUAGGGUGACAUAGUAACGAGACCCUCUGACAUCGCACCUUUAUAGUACUAUAUAGCGCCCUCGUGAGAAACUAAAUUUCUCUUAUUGUGUGAUCCAGGGAUAACUGGUGGCAAAACGGCCAUUCACCAGCCACACCUGGCAACAAUAGCAGAACUCUGCUAACCAACCAAUCAAUUGACCAACCAGUCAUUCAAGCAAAUGGACAAGCAUUGUUUAAAGUAACCUUUUACAUUCAUAACUGUCUUACAGGUGUUAAAUUAAUACUUAAGACAUAACAAAACAGCCCUAUUUAGGUGAACUCCAAACCUACGAUUUAGAAGACUUUUGGAUUAAAUGUGAAAGGUCCCCACUGUCCGACAAGAGUCCAGUUGCAUCCCUUCCACUUUUACAGAAGGCACUCACCUCCUCUCAUCCAGUCCACAUUCAGCAGACCUCACUUCCUGCUUUCUGCGGGCGCCAUUUUGAACCUGUCCAUUCUUCAGCAAGUCCCUCCCACGCUGCACUUUUUUUUGGGGGGGGCGGGGUGGGGCCUUGAGCCAAUGCUGUGUUGUCCUCGGAAUGCCAAACAAAACACGGCGCACAGGAAACGAACACUCUUGUGGCUCUAUACGAAUGGUCGCCACACAGACAUACCGUUGUGUUCGUUCUCUGUCAGUACUGGUUCUGAAGGUCCGUUUCACUUUGUUUAAAAAAACAAACAAAAAAAAACAAAAAAAAACCCCACCCUCCUCAACGAAACUGAUGUCCUCUUUAGCGCACGAGCUAGACCAUCUUAUUUUCCCGUGGUUACCCAAAGUGAACGGAUGUUUUCUAUAUUUCUACCGCUUCUGUUAGCUUUUUGGCUUCAAGUGCGUGUAUGUACAUAUAUUUGCAUAGACUUUGCUAGCUAGCCCUAAAAAAAAAAAAAAAAAAAAAAAAAGUCAACUCAGUGGAUCUGUCCGCUAUUAUUAUUAAUAAUUAUUAUUAUAAACAAGCGUGACGAUAUGUUUGGGUAGCGUACCCCACUUAGCGCCUGCUUGGUCGUGUUGUUGUCAUUUUUGCUACACAGCCAACAUGCACGCGGGAAAAGCAUAACACUCGCACACACACACAAUCACUGCCCUUCACAUUAGCCUAGCUUCUCAUAUCUAUACACACAUUUAGCCCUUUUUCUACAGCAACCGGUAAAGUUAACAGAUGGUUUGAUGUCAUUUUUAAUAGGAAUUUGUUUUGUCGCCAUCAUUUCAGUGUGUGAAUGUGUGUGCACAAGUUCUUUAGUAAAAAUAGAAGAGAUGUCUACGCCAAACCCUAAAUAACCUCCCCUGCCCUUUAUGAUGCCUACUUGGCUGCGGUCACUUGACUGUUAGUUAAGCCCAUAUGUGAACUGGCAGCACCUAGUUCUGUUGUAACACUUGAGUUAAAAACAAAAAAAGAAAAGCAGAGCGCUAAAAUGCCAAGUAAGCUCUGUAAGACUGUUAUUGCAUUACAACACAAUUCACUUUUAAAACACUUUAAAAUCAAUAACACGCAAGAAUCCCCCCGCCCCCCAGAAAAGGGGGGGCAGGACGGAGAUGCUACAGCUAGUUAAUGUCACCACGGUGGUAUGUACAGUUUUGAUUGGACAAUCAGUCAUAAUGACCAGUACCAGCUUUCAGCACUAAUGUUUGGUUACAUUAUUCACAAAAAAUUGUAUUGCCAAAAAGUUUACUUUUCUGCCUCACACAAAGCAAUUUUUGCCAUUUAUGAAGGAAAGAGAGGAAAGAAGAAAAAAAAAAGCUUUUUGACUGAUAGCAAUGACAAAGAAAUCAUGUACCAGUAAAAAAAAUAAUAAUUAUACAUCUCCAAAUCAAAUUAGGAGAUGCGUGGUUUACAUUGGAUUGAGAUAGUACAAAGAUCGUCACUGAAAAAAGUUUUUUCUAAUGUUCUAAUUUAAAAAAAAAAAAAAAAAAAAAACUGCCACAAUUUAAUGAUACAUGCUUUUCUUUGGAAAGUGACAUGACAAAAUACAUUGUUGCUCAAAAAUGUUUUGUUUAUAAAAUGGAGAUCGAAAAGUGAUUGCAUGAUGCUAUGACAAAAACAUUUUGUUGACUCAAAAAAUGUCAAUCUUUUAAAAAAAAAAAAAAAAAAAAAAAGCUGUCGACAAAAAUGUCCCCAAAGAAAUUUGGUUAACUCCCCAUACAAAUUUGUCGACUAAAAAGCAAGACAAAAAAAUGUAACAUUUCAUCGACAAAAACAUUUGGGGAAAAUAUUUGCCCAACAAAAAGCAUGUUUCAAAAUUUUGGGAUCGUACUUCUUACCCAGUAUUUUUUUCAGAUUAGAAAAAGUAAAAAUUUUGAAUAUGCGACUUUCAGUGGAAAGCAACAGUAUAGGGGGAAAAAAAUGCUGUCCAAUGAACAAGUUGUUUUUCCCCUCAGUCAUUUUUGUUUUUUCAAAUUAAAACGUAUUUUAAUUGAACAGCAAUGAUAUGGCAAACAAAAGACACUAACAAGCAUGCAUCUUUAAAUUAGGAAUAUAAAAAAAUGUGGCCAUACAUGCUGGUUAUUGGACAGUGACAAAUUGCAACAAAAAUGGUUUAAAGUGCAGUGACAACACCCCAAUUGGGUCCAUCCUGCCCUGUGUGGUCAAAUGACAAUCUAUUGAGGAGGGGAAAACAGACUCACUCGGACCCCUGUUACUUGUCGUUUACGAUGUUAGGUUGUUUUGUUUAAGAUUAAUUUGUGCUGGUUCAGUGCAGCUCCAUACAAUUACGGAGCCUUUUAGUUUGUGUAGCUUGUAAUUUUUGGAACAUUAGACUCUCUUUGUCAUCGUAUCACCGACAUCCAAACUGGUUUCCUUUUUGUUCACUGCAACUUGCACGAUCAGACAAUGCGGUAUUAGCAAAUGCAAUAAAAGGAAAGUACCAGUUAAAUGCUGCAGUUUUCAUCCAGAUAUAGAAUAUAUUUAUAAAGAAAAAUUGGUGGAAUUUGAAACAUGUUUAGACGCAUGGGACGCAGGUAACAGUUUGUGUGUCACGCAGUCAGAAUGAUGUAGCAAAUAAAAUACUAAAGAUGAAAUUUAUAGUUAAUAUAUUGUGUUGAGCUAGUCUGCUAUGGAUUUUGAUGUAAAGAUGUUUUGACGUUUUCUUUUUCUUGAACGAUAUACAGUUUGUGUAUAUUUUCAUAUACAAAAGUAUGCACUGAUGUUAUUGAAAUUCUAUACCGCUUUUACAGAAAAAGUGUUUGUUGUACCAAAGUAUCCAAGUCCCUUGAAACCUCCUUUUUGCGUAUGUUUUACUGUAUUUUAUAUAUUAAAUGACAAACGGAGUGAAGUUCAA